AUGCCCAUCCAUUUCCUUUCAUUUUUUAAAGCUCCAAAUUCGGUGAUUAAGGAAAUUGUGGCCAUCCAACGUGAUUUCUUAUGGAGAGGUGUCAAGGAUGGCUUGAAGAUUCCUUGGGUAAAAUGGGAAACGGUGUGUAAGUCAAAGGUUGAGGGUGGACUAGGAAUCAAAGACGUCAGAUUGUUUAAUUGGGCACUACUAUGGAAAUGGGUGUGGAGGUGCAUGCUUUCCCCGAGUAUGUUGUGGGCUAAAGUUCUUCAUGAUAGGUAUGAUCGUAUUGAGUCCUUUUCAAAUUUCUUAAAUGUGGAUAGGAGGGCCUCUUGGUGGUGGAAGGAUAUAGAGUGGGUGCUACAGCAAGGGAAUUUUUUGUUGGACGAAAAGACUGAACGUUGUAUUGGUGAUGGCACUAUGACCCGAUUUUGGGAGGAUAAGUGGAUAGGUGGUUUGCACUUGUUGGUUGUCUUUCCUCGUUUGUACUCUUUUUCCUUGGACCCGUUGUCAGUGGUGGCAGAUAAUGGAACUUGGGAGGGAUCUACGUGGGUGUGGCAGGUUAAUUGGAGAAAAGAACCUUUUGUCCAUGAAGGUAGGAGUGUGAAUACCUUGUUGGAUAUGCUUCAAGGCUUGCAGGUUAUCUCUUCAAGGCAAGACUAUUGA